AUGGUGGAACAAGGAAUGCGAGAGGGAGGGGUCGACGACGCGGCCCCGGAGGAACCGGGUGUGGAUGCCAGUGGGGCCCGAGACUCGACGUCCGGACGCGGGCGACACCUCCCUGGGGAGGAAGGCGUGUCUGGCUGCGAGGAGCCCGAAGGCACCCGGGGCAGCUUAGGGUGGCUAGCUGCGGAGCUCGAGGCGGGCUGGGCACCGGGCGGCGCCGGGGCGCAGAGGCUCAAGAGCCGGGCUCACGCAGCGCUGCGCUCCCCGAGGGCUCGCGCUGGAUCGGGCGGGGGCGGCCGCGGAGCUGCUGGGGUGCGGCGGCGGCGGCUACCAGGCGAGGUUCUGGCAGCGGGCUCACGCAGCGCUGCGCUCCCCGAGGGCUCGCGCUGGAUCGGGCGGGGGCGGCCGCGGAGGCAGGUCCUGCGGGCCCGGGGGGCGGGUCCACCGCGGAUUGGUCGGAAGCUGCCGCGUGACCAGCCCCUUAUAGGGCGUGGCGCUGAGCAGCUGCUGGGGUGCGGCGGCGGCGGCUACCAGGCGAGGUUCUGGCAGCGCGGGCGGCUGGCGGCGGCUCGGCUCGGGGCCCCCUGCCCGGGCCCCGGGGGGCUGCAGCCGGGCCAGCGGGUUCUGUACAAGCAGUCCAUCGCGCAACGCGCCCGGACCAUGGCCCUGUACAACCCAAUCCCGGUCAAGCAGAACUGCUUCACCGUCAACCGUUCGCUCUUCGUCUUCAGCGAGGACAACGUCGUCCGAAAAUACGCCAAGCGCAUCACAGAGUGGCCUCCCUUCGAGUACAUGAUCUUGGCCACCAUCAUCGCCAACUGCAUCGUGUUGGCCCUGGAGCAGCAUCUUCCCGACGGGGACAAGACACCCAUGUCUGAGCGCUUGGAUGACACGGAACCCUAUUUCAUCGGGAUCUUUUGCUUUGAGGCGGGGAUCAAGAUCAUCGCACUGGGCUUCGUUUUCCACAAGGGCUCCUACCUUCGAAAUGGCUGGAAUGUCAUGGACUUCGUGGUGGUCCUCACAGGGAUUCUUGCCACAGCAGGAACUGACUUUGAUCUGCGAACCCUAAGAGCUGUGCGUGUGCUGAGGCCCCUGAAGCUGGUGUCUGGGAUUCCAAGCUUGCAGGUGGUGCUCAAGUCGAUCAUGAAGGCCAUGGUUCCACUGCUGCAGAUUGGGCUGCUGCUCUUCUUUGCCAUCCUCAUGUUUGCCAUCAUUGGCCUUGAGUUCUAUAUGGGGAAAUUCCACAAGGCCUGCUUCCCCAACAGCACAGAUACAGAGCCUGUGGGUGACUUCCCCUGUGGCAAGGAGGCUCCAGCCAGAUUGUGCGAAGGUGACACUGAAUGCCGGGAGUACUGGCCAGGACCCAACUUUGGUAUCACCAACUUUGACAACAUCCUGUUUGCCAUCUUGACAGUCUUCCAGUGUAUCACCAUGGAGGGCUGGACUGACAUCCUCUACAAUACAAAUGAUGCAGCUGGCAACACCUGGAACUGGCUCUACUUCAUCCCUCUCAUCAUCAUCGGCUCCUUCUUUAUGCUCAACCUGGUGCUGGGUGUACUUUCGGGAGAGUUUGCCAAGGAGCGAGAGCGGGUGGAAAACCGCCAUGCCUUCCUGAAGCUCCGUCGGCAGCAGCAGAUUGAGCGGGAGCUGAACGGGUACCUGGAGUGGAUCUUCAAGGCUGAGGAAGUCAUGCUGGCCGAGGAGGACAAGAAUGCAGAGGAGAAGUCCCCUUUGGAUGUGUUGAAGAGAGCUGCCACCAAGAAGAGCCGAAAUGACCUGAUUCAUGCAGAGGAGGGGGAGGACCGGUUUGCAGACCUCUGUGCUGUUGGGUCUCCUUUUGCUCGUGCCAGCCUCAAGAGCGGGAAGACAGAGAGCUCAUCCUACUUCCGGAGGAAGGAGAAGAUGUUCCGGUUCUUCAUUCGGCGUAUGGUGAAGGCUCAGAGCUUCUACUGGGUGGUGCUGUGUGUGGUGGCCCUGAACACGCUGUGUGUGGCCAUGGUGCACUAUAAUCAGCCUCAGCGGCUUACCACUGCACUGUACUUUGCAGAGUUUGUUUUCCUGGGUCUCUUCCUCACAGAGAUAUCCCUGAAGAUGUAUGGCCUGGGGCCCAGAAGCUACUUUCAGUCUUCCUUCAACUGCUUUGACUUUGGGUUAAUUGUUGGGAGCAUCUUUGAAGUGGUCUGGGCUGCCAUCAAACCAGGAACCUCCUUUGGAAUCAGUGUGCUACGGGCACUCCGCUUGCUGAGGAUCUUCAAGGUCACAAAGUACUGGAACUCCCUGAGGAACCUGGUGGUGUCCCUCCUCAACUCCAUGAAGUCCAUCAUCAGCCUCCUCUUCCUGCUCUUCUUCAUUGUGGUUUUUGCUCUGCUGGGAAUGCAGCUAUUUGGGGGCAGGUUCAACUUUCAAGAUGAGACGCCGACGACCAACUUUGAUACCUUCCCAGCUGCCAUCCUCACUGUCUUUCAGAUCCUGACAGGAGAGGACUGGAAUGCAGUGACGUAUCAUGGGAUCGAAUCCCAAGGUGGAGUCAGCAAAGGCAUGUUCUUCUCCUUUUACUUCAUUGUCCUGACAUUGUUUGGAAACUACAUACUGCUGAAUGUCUUCCUAGCCAUUGCUGUGGACAACUUUGCCAAUGCCCAGGAGCUGACAAAGGAUGAAGAGGAGAUGGAAGAAGCAGCCAAUCAGAAGCUUGCUCUACAGAAGGCCAAAGAAGUAGCAGAAGUCAGCCCCAUGUCUGCUGCCAACAUCUCCAUUGCUGCCAGGCAGCAAAACUCGGCCAAGGCGCGCUCAGUAUGGGAGCAGCGGGCCAGCCAGCUACGGCUACAGAACCUGCGUGCCAGCUGCGAGGCACUGUACAGUGAGAUGGACCCAGAGGAGCGGCUACGCUACGCCACUACACGCCAUGUGCGGCCAGACAUGAAGACGCACAUGGACCAGCCACUGGUGGUGGAGCCCAGCCGCGAUGGCCCGCGGGCACCCAUGGGAAGCAAGGCGAGGCCUGAGGGCACAGAGGCCACUGAAGGAGCUGACCCUCCGCGCCGGCACCACCGGCACCGAGACAAGGACAGGGCCCCUGCUGGCGGCGAGCAGGACAGGACAGACUGUCCGAAGGCAGAAAGCACAGAGGCCGGGGCACGGGAGGAGCGUGUGCGCCCACGUCGCAGUCACAGCAAGGAGGCUGCAGGAACCGCGGAGGUGCCAGUGCGCAGUGAACGUGGCCGGCGCCACCACCGACGAGGUUCCCCAGAGGAGGCGGCCGACCGUGAGCCCCGGCGCCACCGCACCCAUCGGCAUGGGCUGGACUCGGGCAAGGAGGGUGCCCCACCUGCACUUGGACCCAAGGGUGAGCGUCGCCCGAGGCACAGAGGCCCCCGAGCCGGCCCCCGGGAGGCAGAGAGCAGUGAGGAGCCGCGUAGACACCGUGGAAGGCACAAAGUACCUCCUGCACAUGAACCCAUUGAGAGGGAGGCUACAGAAAAGGAGAGCGACAUGACAGAAGGGGACAAGGAGACCCGGAACCACCAGCCCAAGGAGCCUCACUAUGAUCUGGAGGCCAGUGGGAUAACAAGUGUGGGUCCUCUGCACAUGCUGCCCAGCACCUGUCUUCAGAAGGUGGAGGAACAACCGGAGGAUGCAGACAACCAGCGUAAUGUCACUCGGAUGGGCAGUCAGCCCUUAGACCCCAGCACUACUGUUCAUGUCCCAGUGACACUGACAGGCCCUCCUGGGGAGACCACGGUAGUUCCCAGUGGUAACGUGGACCUGGAAAGCCAAGCAGAGGGCAAGAAGGAGGCAGAAGCUGAUGAUGUGCUGAGAAGAGGCCCCCGGCCCAUUGUCCCGUACAGCUCCAUGUUCUGUCUCAGUCCCACCAACCUACUCCGUCGCUUCUGCCAUUACAUUGUAACCAUGCGGUACUUUGAGAUGGUGAUUCUUGUGGUCAUUGCCCUGAGUAGCAUUGCCCUAGCUGCCGAGGAUCCCGUGCGGACUGAUUCGUCCAGGAACAAUGUUUUGAAGUACAUGGAUUACAUUUUUACAGGUGUCUUCACCUUUGAGAUGGUCAUAAAGAUGAUAGACUUGGGGUUGCUAUUGCACCCUGGGGCUUACUUUCGGGACCUGUGGAACAUUCUGGACUUCAUUGUGGUCAGUGGAGCCCUGGUGGCAUUUGCCUUCUCGAGCUUCAUGGGAGGAUCCAAAGGGAAAGACAUCAACACCAUCAAGUCCCUGAGAGUCCUGCGUGUCCUGCGACCUCUCAAGACCAUCAAACGGCUGCCUAAGCUCAAGGCUGUGUUUGGCUGUGUGGUGAAUUCCUUGAAGAAUGUCUUGAACAUCCUGAUUGUUUACAUGCUCUUCAUGUUCAUAUUUGCCGUCAUUGCAGUGCAGCUCUUCAAAGGAAAGUUUUUUUGCAGCACUGAUGAAUCCAAGGAGCUGGAAAGGGACUGCAGGGGUCAGUAUUUGGAUUAUGAGAAGGAGGAAGUAGAAGCUCAACCAAGGCAGUGGAAGAAAUAUGACUUCCAUUAUGACAAUGUGCUCUGGGCUCUGUUGACCCUAUUCACUGUGUCCACUGGAGAGGGAUGGCCCAUGGUGCUGAAACACUCUGUGGAUGCCACCUAUGAGGAGCAGGGACCAAGCCCUGGGUUCCGCAUGGAGCUUUCCAUCUUCUAUGUGGUCUACUUUGUGGUCUUCCCUUUUUUCUUUGUCAACAUCUUUGUGGCCUUGAUCAUUAUCACCUUCCAGGAGCAGGGAGACAAGGUGAUGUCUGAAUGCAGCCUGGAGAAGAAUGAGAGGGCUUGCAUUGACUUUGCAAUCAGCGCCAAGCCCCUGACACGAUACAUGCCUCAAAACAAGCAGUCGUUCCAGUAUAAGACGUGGACAUUUGUGGUUUCUCCACCCUUUGAGUACUUCAUUAUGGCUAUGAUAGCCCUCAACACAGUGGUGCUGAUGAUGAAGUUCUACGAUGCACCCUAUGAGUACGAGCUGAUGCUGAAAUGCCUGAACAUUGUGUUCACAUCCAUGUUCUCCAUGGAAUGUAUAUUGAAGAUCAUCGCCUUUGGGGUGCUGAACUACUUCAGAGAUGCCUGGAAUGUCUUUGACUUUGUCACUGUGUUGGGAAGUAUUACUGAUAUUUUAGUAACAGAGAUUGCGAACAACUUCAUCAACUUGAGCUUUCUCCGUCUCUUCCGAGCAGCACGGCUCAUCAAGCUGCUUCGUCAGGGCUACACCAUCCGCAUCCUGCUGUGGACCUUCGUCCAGUCCUUCAAGGCGCUGCCCUACGUGUGCCUUCUCAUUGCCAUGCUGUUCUUCAUCUAUGCCAUCAUCGGAAUGCAGGUUUUUGGAAACAUUGCCCUCGAUGAUGACACCAGCAUCAACCGACACAACAACUUCCGGACAUUCCUACAAGCCUUGAUGCUGUUGUUCAGGAGUGCCACCGGGGAGGCUUGGCAUGAGAUCAUGCUGUCUUGUCUGGGCAACCGGGCCUGCGACCCCUAUGCCAACGCCAGUGAAUGUGGGAGCGACUUUGCCUACUUUUAUUUUGUCUCCUUCAUCUUCCUUUGUUCCUUUCUGAUGUUGAACCUCUUCGUUGCUGUGAUCAUGGACAAUUUUGAGUACCUCACUCGGGACUCUUCCAUCCUAGGGCCUCACCACCUGGAUGAAUUCAUUCGUGUCUGGGCUGAGUACGACCCAGCUGCGUGUGGGCGCAUCAGUUACAAUGACAUGUUUGAGAUGCUGAAACACAUGUCCCCACCUCUGGGGCUGGGGAAGAAAUGCCCGGCUCGAGUUGCAUACAAGCGCCUGGUUCGCAUGAAUAUGCCCAUAUCCAAUGAGGACAUGACGGUACAUUUUACAUCCACGCUGAUGGCCCUCAUCCGGACUGCACUGGAGAUCAAGCUUGCCCCAGCCGGGACCAAGCAACACCAGUGUGAUGCAGAGCUGAGGAAGGAGAUCUCCUCUGUGUGGGCUAAUCUGCCCCAGAAGACCCUGGACUUACUGGUACCACCCCACAAGCCUGAUGAGAUGACAGUGGGGAAAGUCUAUGCAGCUCUGAUGAUAUUUGACUUCUACAAACAGAACAAAACCACCAGGAUCCAGAUUCACCAAGCUCCUGGAGGCCUGUCCCAGACAAACCCAGGAAAGUGGCAUCAAGGAGUCCCUGUCCUGGGGCACACAGAGGACCCAGGAUGCACUUUAUGAGGCCAGGGCACCCCUAGAGCGUGGCCAUUCUGCAGAGAUCCCUGUGGCACAGCCAGGAACACUGGCUGUGGAUGUCCAGAUGCAGAACAUGGCACUGAGAGGCCCCAGUGGGGAGCCCCAACCUGGGCUGGAGAGCCAAGGCCGAGCUGCCUCUAUGCCACGCCUGGCAGCAGAAACACAGCCUGCUCCUGAUGCCAGCCCCAUGAAGCGCUCAAUCUCCACACUGGCCCCACGCCCCCAUGGGACCCACCUUUGUAACACAGUCUUGGACCGGCCUCCCCCAAGCCAGGCAUCACAUCACCACCACCACCGCUGCCACCGGCGCAGGGACAAGAAGCAGAGGUCCCUAGAGAAGGGGCCCAGCCUGUCUGCUGACACAGAAGGUGGUGCAAUACCAAGCAGUGCUGCAGGAUCUGGGCUGCCCCAGGAAGAAGGGUCCACAGGCUGUCGGCGGGAACGCAAACAGGAGCGAGGUCGGUCCCAGGAGCGGAGGCAGCCCUCAUCCUCUUCUUCUGAGAAGCAGCGCUUUUACUCCUGUGACCGCUUUGGGGGCCGGGAGCCCACGCAACCCAAGCUGUCUCUCAGUAGCCACCCCACAUCUCCGACAGCAGGGCUAGAGCCAGGACCCCAGCCACAGGGCAGUGGUUCCGUUAAUGGGAGUCCCUUGAUGUCAACAUCUGGUGCUAGCACCCCAGGCCGAGGUGGGCGGAGACAGCUCCCCCAGACUCCUCUGACCCCACGCCCCAGCAUCACUUACAAGACGGCAAACUCCUCACCCAUCCACUUUGCUGGCGCUCAGAGUGGCCUCCCAGCCUUCUCCCCUGGCCGUCUCAGCCGCGGCCUUUCCGAACACAAUGCACUGCUCCAGAAAGACCCUCUGAGCCAGCCCCUAGCCCCUGGCUCUCGAAUUGGCUCUGACCCUUACCUAGGGCAGCGUUUGGACAGUGAGGCUUCUGCCCACACCCUGCCUGAGGACACACUCACCUUUGAAGAGGCAGUGGCCACCAACUCUGGCCGCUCCUCCAGGACUUCCUAUGUGUCCUCCCUCACCUCCCAAUCCCAUCCUCUCCGCCGUGUGCCCAAUGGCUACCACUGCACUUUGGGUCUCAGCACCGGCGUCCGGGCUCGGCACAGCUACCACCACCCAGACCAAGACCACUGGUGCUAGCUGCACCAUGACCACCCAUGCACCGGCUCAGUGGGUGUGGGUUCCAGUUGAUGAGUUUUAUCAUCCCCGCUGGACUGUGGGGCCAGACCAGAGCCCCGGGAGGAGGGGGCCUCACCUUGUGGCCUCUGUGGUGGAGGUUCCUGCUUCUCUCCCUCCCUCCCUUUUACACUGGAUGGACUAAUAAAGCCCUUUCUUAGAGGGAUGUGGUUUUCUCUAUCCCCCUGUGUACUGCCUUCCUGGGUUCCAUGCCAGGUGUUGGAUCCUAAGCAGGAGGUAGCUGAGUUGAGAUGGACCCAGCAAAUCCAAAUCCUGUGUCAUGGCCUCCAGCAUCCAGGGUCGGUGCUUGGGACUUUUUAGGAGGUGUGUGUCUCAUGGGAAGAAUCAGUUUUUGAAUGUGUGGUAUGGGGGACAGAAUAUACCUGAAAGCAAGAAAAGGAGCCCAGCUGUGGCCUAGCAGCACCUGCCAGCAGCAGUGAUCACACAUCUAUUGUUGGUCUUAGAGUUAAAUGGCAAGCGUGUGUAGAGAUGUUCUCAAGGCUGUCUUUCCCCUCUACUGUUGCCACAACAGGGACCAAAUCUGGAGAAUGUUUAUGCUGUUGAUUCUGGUUUUCAGUCACAACACUCUUCACUGUUUGUCACUUCUAUAUACUUGAUCUAGAAAAAUAGAAAACAAAAAAAUGGGGAAGGAAACAUUAACUUUUAAAAAAUCAAUCUGUAGGAAGGUCUUCACUUUGCAUUGUUUGUGUGAGUUGUGUGAAAUGUUCCUGUAUGGAAUCUGCCCAGCCCGGGUGGUCUCUGAUGACCCUGGCUCCUGGCUCAACCAAGUGCCUGACCUCUGGCUCCUGGGCAUCAUGUGUGAGGCGAGGCCUCAUGAACUAUCAUGUGGGUUGGGCGAAAACUGCUCAGAGCAGCACUGGGGCUUGUGUUCUAGGGAGCACUGACAAUGUCCAGCAGCAGACCACAGUCAGAAGCAAGCUGAUGCGCCCCAUAUACCUCCUGCGAAUGAUGGGUUCUGGGGAAGCCACAGAGCAGUAGAGUAUGUGCUUGUGUGAGGCAUUUUCAAUCUGUUCUUAUCUGAUUCUCAGGGACGGGAUGCCUGCCAAGUAGAGUGUGAUCUCUGUUGUGUAUAAAAGUAGUUUUCAUUGAGUGCUGAAGAGAGAAGAGGGUUAGUAAAGAAGAGGGGACAGGACAGGAGGGAAGAAACCCCAGCUAAAGGCACAGCAGGAAACUAGGAAAGGGGAAAUGGCUCCUCAAAUGAGCUUGGGUGUCUAGAGCCUAAGAAGUUCUCUGACUCCAGGCCCAGGGAGGCUAUAGUCUCAAACAAAGCUUCACCUCAUGGCCACUUUGCAAAGGGAAAACCCAUACUCAGGAUGGUGUUCAGUGUGCACAGAUGGCCGGGAUGUCCACUAAAAGACGAUUGCACAUAAAUAAGUUCUCCUUGGUGUGUUCUCUGUUUUGAAACUUCAGAUGACUUCUUGGUGGAAUUGUUGGCUUCUAACCCAUAUUUCUCACAGAAGCUAUGUGUGAUGUGUGUGUGCGUGCGUGUCUGUGCUCACAGAAGAUGUGUAUGGAGCUGUGUUCAGUGAGUGACUGUUGUCAACCAUAGGGCUAUGCAACAAAAGACACAUUUACUAGAAACAAAACACAAGACCACCACUUGGUCUAGGGUUUCAGCAUGAUUGUGACCAAACCUUUUUAUAGAAUUUCCUUAUGUGAAGGCACAACACUCUGAAACUUUAAAGAUAACAGAGUAUUUUAUUCCAAUAGGGUAAAAUUAAACAGACUGUGCAUGUGACUGCACCCAUGUUGCAAAGUAGAAGGAUGUGCAUUUUAAUACUGAUGUUCUGUCUCUGUUCCUGCCCAAGCCCAUGUUCUCUUGGGUGUUAAAUGUAUGCAUUCUGUGUAGAACUACAACUGUCUUCCCGACAGUCCUGGGAUGGUUAUAAUCUUUAUCCAACAUAGCCUAGCUGGCUUGUCUGGAUUCUUCCAGGCACUGAUACUCAUUAAAAUCACAGUAAGUGGGGAGAGGAGUCUUGUUUCUGGACUUUGGGUUUGUUUCUGUUCUGUCUCUUCUCAAGCUAUUGUCUGUUCCCUCUGAAAUCUCAUAGUGAGUUGCCAAAUUUGAAAUGCAACAACCAGCUGUCUGCAUCUGGAAACUGUCAAGCAGUGGCUGUAGUUUGAACAAGUUAUGUGUGCAUGUAAAAUAUAUACAUAUAUACAUUAUACAAAUAUGUGCAUGAAAUGUAUACCUUCGUACUUUUUGAUACAAUGUAUUCAUUUGUUAAUUUUUAAUUAUAUUUGAUAUAAAUUGAAGGUUUGUUGCAAAACUUUAUAUUUAACAGUGUUGAGAGAGAUGAGAGAGAGAGAGAGAGAGAGAGAGAGAGAGAGAGAGAUCCAAUCAUGCAACACAAUUGGGACCUACUUUUUAAAAAAUCCUUUGACUAGUUUGCUGCCUGAAUAAUAUUUACAAGCCAAACUUUGGAUUCUGCUCUUGUUUCUACAAUGAAAUUUUGUAUAAAGCAAAGUCCUUCAAUUAAAUAAAAACAACAACAACAACAAAAAAUCAAAGUCAAAGCCCAGGAUACCGCUGGCUGGUACCUGAGGACAGUGUGUCUUAGUGCGUCGGUGGACGGGGUGCACUGCCAGGGAGCCUCAGGAAAAAGCGGGAACUUUUAGAAUGUGCCUGUGAGUCCCGGAUAAAAUGCAAGAGUGAGAUGUGGUUGAGAGUGAGGAUGAGCAUAGCUUAGAUUCCUGAGGAUGCCUGGGCAAAUGU